GCCAGUCGUCCAAAUUCUUUGGACUUUCGACAAGAAGUUAUUGGUGUCAAGUGCGCAAUAACUAAACAUUUUUUAAAAGAAAUCGACACUAACAGACUGUUUUUUUAUGAAAUUUUAAAGUGUAACCAGAAAUGACUGAAUAAAUGUGCGCUGAAUGUAACGAGAGCUUGUAAAUGAAAUUGUGAUAUUUUGAUAAUUAUUGCUUUUGAUUGAAUAACGGAAAAUAAAUAAACAUAAUAAAUAUUAGUUUAGCUGGUGAACAUGUUCAAGCUAGCACAGAAAUUGCUGCCGCGGCAGCGAGUUCUCCAACGUUCCGCCGUUGUGCGUCGCUUGAUUUCGACGAGCGACGAGGUAAAAUCUGUAGACACAAUUGGCGGCCUGCCGACAGAGAUAGUCAAUGAGCAGAAACUAAAAAAGACAACCAGAACAUUAUCUACACUACAAAAUCAUUCGGUGCCAAUUGCUGCUCGCGUCACAGUUUCAAAAGAUGAAAGCCGCGACUUUAUGGCUGUUUUUCCUGACGUGGUGCGCGACCUGACAAACGCAACAAAAGCAUACAAUUGCAGGGAUGCCGCUAAAUGGUUUGCCCAGGUCUUGCAAUACAAUGUUCCGCGUGGCAAGAAGAAUCGCGGCAUCUUAACGGUGCUCACCUAUAAGAAUCUGGUGCCAGCUGACCAACUCACACCGGAGAACAUUAAACUAGCCCAGUAUUUGGGCUGGUGUGUGGAAAUGCUCCAGAGUUUCUUUAUUAUAUCGGACGAUGUUAUGGACAACAGCACUACACGACGCGGUCAAAAGUGCUGGCACAUGGUAGAAAAUGUGGGCCUGAAUGCCAUUAAUGAUGCCCUAAUGAUUGAGAAUGCCAUGUACGCCAUACUCAAGCAGCACUUUAGUCAUUUGGAUUGUUAUGUUGCGCUCAUGGAACUCUUCCACGAGAUAACAUACAUAACAACCUGUGGGCAGUCGCUGGACUUACUCAAUUCAAACAAAAGCGUUUCGGAGUUCAGCAUGGACAACUACAAGGCAAUUGUGGAAAAUAAAACUGCCUACUACUCCUUUUACCUGCCCUUUGCCAUUGCAAUGCAUUUAGCCGGGUACAAAGAUCCCGAGGCAUUUAGACAGUCCAAGACCAUACUGCUUGAAAUGGGUAACUUUUUCCAGGUUCAAGACGACUUCCUCGAUUGCUUCGGCAAUCCCGAGGUAACUGGCAAAAUCGGCACUGAUAUACAGGACAACAAGUGCUCUUGGCUCGCUGUGGUUGCCAUGCAGCGUGCCAAUGCUGAGCAAAAGCAAAUUAUGAUAGAUUGCUAUGGACAAACUGAUCCGCUUAAAGUGGAGCGAGUUAAGGAGCUGUAUAAAGAACUCAGCCUGCCCUCGACAUAUGCCAUUUUUGAGGAGGAAUCGUAUAAUAUGAUCAAAACGCACAUACAGCAAACAUCUCGUGGUGUGCCACAUCAGACCUUUUUGCAAAUACUUAACAAAAUCUAUCAACGGGACUCGUAAAUUUAACAAAUUUUCAUUUACUACUAACAUAUUGUAGACUAGUUCUAAGCCAGAUUGUGUGCAUGUUUUGGUGUGUUCGAAAACAAUAAUAGAAAUUUUGUACUGUGCUGAAA